CAGUAUGGAUUUUGUUGACUGAAAUAAUUAUUACUGAAAUAAUAUCUGUUUUGAUAAGAUUUAUAGCUGCGUUCAGAAUGAAGUUCAGUCUGCUAGCUAUUUAAUGAAGGUUAAGGAAAAAAAGAAUAAAGAUCAACAGUUCCAUUGAAAUUUCAUGUGAAUAGUGAGCUUUGAGCUUUGAUAUGACAGAAGGCGAUAUGGGAGGGAAACUGCCAUAGUGGAGUAGUAUGGGGAAAGUGAACAGAAGGUUACUGUAGUGAUAAGGCUUGUCCUGUAGGCUGGAAAAUAUUUCAUUUGCAGGGGUGUUAGCUAUAAAUAUAUGCCAUAGUUGCAGUAGUUGUUGUGAACUAAAAUUCACCCUAAAGGCCACAGGGAGACUUGUAGUUUUCAGAAAACUUAGCAAGUCAAAAUGAGGCCUGAGGCUCUCCAUAGUCUUGAGUUGCUGAGGGGCUUACGAAUAUUAAUAGAUGUCUUUCAUUGGGGUAGGACUUGCGGCAAAUUAAUGAACAUCACUGCUGGAAGAAGGCCAGUGGAUCAUCAGUUCCUUCUGCAUGGGACCUUGUCUAUAAAGGGGUAAAGAUCAGCAGCCUGCUUGGUAAAAAGGGGAGCUUGGAGAAGCUGCAGAGCUAUUGGGAAGUGGGAUCUUUCUUGGCAGCCAGUAUGUUGGCUAAUGACCACAUAAGAGUGAUCCAGGCUUCAGAAAAGCUAUUUAAGCUAAAGGCACCAGCAUGGUACCUGAAGUCUAUUGUAGAGACUAUUUUGAUAUAUCAGCAUUUUAAAAAACUGAAUCCUGAACAACAUACAGCCAAACAGGAACUCGUGGACUUCUGGAUGGACUUCCUUGUUGAAGCCACAAAGACAGAUGUGUCUGUAGUUAGAUUUCCAGUUUUAAUAUUGGAACCAACCAAAAUCUAUCAGCCCUCAUAUCUCUCCAUCAACAGCGAAGCUGAGGAGAAGACUGUAUCUAUCUGGCAUGUGCUGCCUGAUGACAAGGUACUAUGAUGUUGUCUAUAGUUGUAACUUCUUUCACAAUUUA